AUGGGUAGAACGGAUCCAAAAGGCAACUUAGUGCCAAAUCACGACCGUAGUAAAAAACCAGAGCACAAGUUGGAAAUACUCGUUUCAGAUCCACAGAAACGUUCAGGAGACCAAAGUACAACAUCUUCGUAUGUCAGUUACCAAAUUUCGACCAAAACUGAUAAUCCUGCAUAUCAAAAGUAUCAUGACGAUGCUGGUGGAAUUAUCGUUGUUCAUCGGAGAUAUAGUGAUUUGCUACUACUGCACAAUAUCUUAUCAAACGACCAUCCUACGUGUAUAAUACCUCCACUACCUGACAAAAAAGUGUUCCAGUAUAUUGCUGGUGACAGAUUCAGCCAAAGUUUUACACAAAAAAGGUGUCACAGUUUGCAGAAUUUUUUGAGAAGAGUUGCGAAUCAUCCCAUACUUGCUGUUUCAAAUAGUUUAAUGAUGUUUUUGGUUAGUCCAGAUUGGGAUGCAUACAGGAAAAGUUUAGCUGGACAUUUACAACAAAAUAAUAAGGAUGAAGUUACGGAUGUCUUUAUGAAUGCAUUCAAAACCGUACACAAACAAAGUGAUGAAUUUGUUGAAAUCAAGGAGAAAAGUGACAAAUUAGACCACAAUGUCGCCAAAAUUGAUAAGAUUUUCCACAGAGUUGUCAAAAAAUAUGAUGCAAUUUCAGAGGACUACUCAAAAUUCGGUUCAAAUAUUCAGGAUUUACAGGAAUUAUGUACCGGUGAAAAUGAAAUGCUUAGUCAAAAUUUGAAAAAUUUCAAUGAAGGAAUCACACAACUGUCUUUCGGUAUUCGUGAUUUGAGCAAGUACUUGGAUUAUGAAUAUAUCGUUGAUCUAAAGGAUUUAGAACACUAUAUUGAUAGCAUGAACCAGUUGAUCAAAUUGAAGGAACAAAAACAAAUCGACUACGAGGAGCUGAGUGAAUAUUUAACGAAAUCAGUAAACGAAAAGAAUAAUUUGAUUUCAGGCUACGGCGGCAGUAACUUUUUCACAAACAAGCUAGAAGAACUAGCUGGUAUAAAUCAAGAAUCGGCCCGUCGUGAAAAGAUCGAUAAGCUGGAAACCAAAAUCAAUUGUUUAACUGGCGAAUUGGAAAGUUCCAAGAAAAUAGCUGAUGCAUUCGAACAGGAAACACUAAAAGAGGUUUCCCUUUUCGAAGAGCUGAAGACCAAAGAAUUAAAAACUUCAUUGGGAAGUUUGGCUGACCACCAUAUUGAGUUCUAUGAAAAACUAUUGGAAACCUGGGUCAAAGUGGAUGAAAAUCUAUGA